AUGACGCGGAGGUCCUUAAUAGCUGUGCGGCGUGGGGUUGUCUAUUUCUCCCGCCUGAUCAGGAGCCGGAAGACUGUGCCUCCCGCGUGCGCCGCGGCCCUCACUGACUGGCGCUUCCCGUUCGACUUCCUCGUAUGGGGGGCGGGAAGAGCGGCCGGACGUAAAACCAACAGGCAGUCACCGGGGCAGCCUUGGGCGGAAGUCGUCGGGAGGAGAAGGAAAAAGGCGGGGCGGCGGCGGAAGGGAGCGUUGCGACAUCCGAACUCCUCGUUAUGGCGGCUCUCAGGAAGGCCGGAGACGUUAGUAUCGGAGGGGCUGAGGGGGCGCGGGUGGCGCUGGCGGGUGGCGAGCGGGCGCUUCUCAUUCCUUAACGGCCUCACUCCGGCGCUUCCGGGGGUGGUUUUCAGGCUCCCCCGGCUCUUCUCGUGGAGUUUCUCCAGCCCCGCCCCUGUGAGGAGGCCUCGGCGCGUGCGGGAGACUCGCUUCUCCCGCCCGCUCGCUCGCUGUCGGGUUGGCCCCUCGCAAGGGGCUGCGCAGGCCUCCUGGGCGCGCUUAGUCCAGGCUGUGCCGCUUGCGACUGACACCUGAACCUUGGGGGCCCGUUGGAUCGGGCUUUCUGCAAAGGCUCAGCCCAAGGCUUUCGUUUUAGACGUAGCCCGGUUGCACUUUUAAGCGUCUCUAGGGGAAAGUGAGCCGCGUUGGAUUAAUGGGACUUUAAAAAGCCCCAGCAGGCGGGUCUAGAAUUGAAAUGUAAAGCACCUCCUCCCCCCCCCCCGUUUUAAACUCUUAAAACUCAAGGAAGACAGAGACGCCUUCUAGAUAGUCAGAUAUAUUUUGCUAAACAUACAGUUCUAGGCGAAAUCAAAUUUUCAGUUGAAAAACGAAGGACCUGGUAAGGUGGUUUUUUGAUUUUUUUAAAAUCACAGUACUGUAUUACACAGGCAUAUUUCUAUUGGGAAACACAACUUUUUGCCGCCCCCCCCCCGCUUGAACAUCUGUUACAGAAAAUGCGAGAACUACUUUAUUUUGGAUUUUUCAGAUUUGAAAAUUUGAAAGUGUCUUUUUCAGAAAUUAUUUUCUGUUUUAUAUUUUGCCCAAACUACUAGGGUGCAAUCAAAAUCUGUUAAACUCUUUAUGAGUGUUUUUCACCUUCCUCCAUGUGCCCCCUCAAAUCUUGCUCUGAAAUUAAACCAUGGAAUUAAGUUCCUGCAGCCUAUUGUGAUGGCCACCAACCUGGAUGCCUUUAAAAGAGGAUUAGACAAUUCAUGGAGGGAUAAGGCUAUCAAUAGCAACGAACCAAAUUAGCUUUGUUCUUUUUCUACUGUAAGUGGCAGUUCUGCGAAUUGUUGUGCUCAGGUCCUGCUUUCAGGCUUCCCAUGAACACCUGACUGUUCUCUGUAAGGACAGAAUGCUGAACUAAGUGAUCAUUUGGUCUGAUCCAACAGGGUUUUUAUUUUCUUAUGAGAGGAAAGUGAAGUUCUGUUGCAUUAACAUAAAUUCAUCUCACUCAUGUGCAGAUAUAAUGGGAUGCAACACUUGGGGUUUCUCACUUACCUAGGGAAUGUAUUCUUCUAAAAAUUUAUGUAAAUACAUGCUGUGAGCAUGAUCCUUGAGUGUAAGAAUUAUGUGGUGUGCUUUGUGUUUGGAAAAGUAUCACGGAAACAAGUUUUGAUGAUUUCAUUGAGACUUAAUCCAGUUUAGUAUACUCUCACCAAAGAUUUGUAAUAUCAGUACAAAACAGCAAAAAGGCUCCCAGUUCUCCCUUCGGUCAAAAUAAGUCCUAUUGCUAUGAAACUGUUAUCAUGUGUCUCUAAUUCUUUCUUUCCUUGUAUUGUAGUGAAAACAUAGGUUUAGCAAUCGUGGAGGAAGAAAGUACCAAAAAUAGUUGUGAAUUCAUAAGAUACUUGGAACCCGAAAUACAUUGGAUGACACCCUACUUUGGUACUCUCCAUCUUCUGCAUCCAGAGUUAUUUUUAUUUGGCAGUUUGUGUAGUAGACACUGACAGGUAAGUUGAAAUUAUUCAGCUUGAAGAACUAGUUGUAGAACAUGUUAUUUGCAUGUCUUUAAAGAUGUUAUGUCUGUCAGCAAUCUUGUAAGUAGAGCAAUAUAUUAGCUUCCUGAAUGCAUAUUUUACAUUACAUUUUGCAUUGCUAAUCUACAGAUUUGAUGUGCUCUUGUACCUUGGGAACAAAGUUACCGUUACAGUUUGACAUAGAAUAUAGUACUUCCAAACUAAUUUUGUCUUAAUAUAGACACUGCACAUAAAGGGAUAAUUUAUAACAAUAUUGCUUUGGUUAAUUUGGUAAACACAGCAUUUUUAAAAGAUAAAGUGCACAGCAUACCGUAAAAAAGGGGCAUGUAUUUUUCUUUAAUUUUCAGGUUGGGAGGAGACUAUACCCAUGUAGAGUUGCAUUCAUCUUGAAGCAACAAGUUUGCAUCUUAGGGAUGCUUCUUAAUCUGGUACUUCUGUUAGACACUCAUGGGUUUGGUGGGUUUUCUCUAACUAGUAUACUAGCUGUGUCCUCACCAGGAAAAGUCAAACUAGGCCUCAUUCAUGAUUUUGUAUUUUAUUAAUUGUAGUUUUAUUAUGAGUUUCCUUAAAUACACUAUAGUGUUGAAAGUUGGUAGAGAAAUUAUUAAUUUCAUAAAAUUAAUAAAUCUUAAGUGUUGUGGUAAACUACUCAUUUCAAAAAAAGUAUACUCUUCCAUCAAAUUGUUUUUCAGUGUCAAGGCCAAGAUAUACAAAAUCUAAACAAAUUGGGUGAUAUUCUAACAGUGUCCAUCUGCCAGCAAAAAUUAGCUUCCACUUUCCAGUGUGACUUUGUCCGCUCCUCCCUGUUCACGUGUCUGGAAAAUCUGUUCCAGAAGGUUGAUGAACUUGGAUUUGAAUUUCACCUGUACCUACUAUUAUUCUUGGUCACUGUUAUAUUCCUCAAGGAAGGAAUUCCACAAAAUCUAAGUAGUCAUUAGGUUACAUUUGCAGCAGUCCUGCAAUUAAAGGCAGAUUAUUUUUCAUUUAAAAAAACCUUACACAUUUCUUUUCUUUUUUUAUAAAAAACAGAGCACCGAAAAGAGCAGCCGCAGCGUAUUUUUCUUCUGAAGAUAAUUUUUAA